ACGAGGUCCGACUGGAGGCGGUGCGUCCGACCCUCGACGCUGCUUCGCCCUUCCUCUGCUCUCACGGCACCCGCUGCCCCCCAGGACGCGAGCAGAGCGGAGAUUAGAGAUGGCGUGAAUGGGACGUUAAUUAGGCUCUCAGCCCCGAGCAUGGCGGUGACGAGCGGCGAGGCGGGCGCCUGGACUGACAGCUCGUUUGUCUUGGCGGCGUCGCCGUCGCCAGGCAAUGCCCGUCUUCAGGAAGGGGACGUCAUGACCCUCUUCCCUACGCGCGACGUCGAGGGCUGGUACGUCGAUACCACAGACGCUCUCGUCGCGAAUCAGACGCAUUUCGACCUCGACGCCAACAGCAGCUACCUGGGCGCCCUGAACGGCUCCUACUUCGACGCCGGCGAGGCCAACGCCACGGACGACUACGACUACGACUACGACAAGGCACUCGAGACCUUCUUCUGGGGCGAACUCACGCCCACCCUCGUCGUUUACGCCGUGACGUACGUGCUGGGCGUGGUUGGCAAUGCCCUCAUCAUCUUCACCAUCUACCGGUACCGACGUCUCAAGACCACGACUAACGUCUUCCUCGCCUCCCUGGCCACCGCCGACCUGCUGCUCAUCCUGAUGUGCAUCCCCGUCAAGAUUGCCCGCUUGCUCUCCUACUCGUGGACGAUGGGGUUCCUGAUGUGCAAGCUCAUCUACUACAUGCAGGCCGUUUCCUCCGUGUGCUCGGUGCUCACCCUCACCACAAUGAGCCUGGAAAGAUGCUACGCCAUCGUGUAUCCGAUGAAGGCCAUCUACGUGUGUACUAUUAGCAAGGCGAAGAAAGCCGCUUUCGUCAUCUGGAUUUCGUCACUCAUCCUCGCUUCGCCGACGCUCGUGGUGCAGGUGCACAUGGAGGUCGGCCACCGCGUGAAGGCCUUCUGGUGUGUGCGCAACUUCGACGCCCCCCUCCUGUGGCGCGGCUACGAGACCUACAUGCUGGUGCUGGUGCUGCUGGUGCCCGCCUGCGUCAUGGCCGCCGCCUACGCCGCCAUCUGCGCCUCCGUCGUGUCCAUGGUCGGCCAGAGGCGCUCCAUGACGGGCAAGGGGCAGAUGAAAUCGGCCGAGGUCAGCGCGAACGGCGGCGGAGACAUCGCGCAGGCGCCGGCGCACCCGGAGGACAAGACCAUCAGGCAGGUGGUGCCGAUGCUGAUCGUGGUGGUGGUGCUGUUCAUCAUCUGCUGGGGCCCGCUGCUCAUCCUCAACAUGCUCACGGCCUACGACAUCGUGCCCAAGAUCAGCGUGAGCACCAAGUACGCCAGGACGGUGCUCGAUCUCCUGUCGUACUUCAACAGCUGCAUGAACCCGAUCGUCUACGGCUUCAUGUCCCGCAACUUCCGCAAGGGAUUCAAGCGGGCGCUGUGCAACCUCGCUCGCCGCGACGACGGGAACAAGUCGCUGUCGCAGUCGCACCACGCGCGCCCCGCCGCCACCAGGGACGUCGCUAGACUCGAAACGCUGAACGGUGCAAACGCCGCAAAACUAAGGCAGGAUUACGGGCGCUUCGGCCACACGCCCACCAGGGACACGGCCAAGGCGGAGUUCGAGUCGUGUCAUAUGUAGAUGUCCCGGAGGACGAGCCGUCCUUCGAGCUCCGAAGGGCGCGAGCCCCAGAAGACGUUGCUCGAUCGCAGAAAGGCCUCUGAGAGAGUAGACGUGUCAGGAGAUGUGAAGGUUUCCGGAGGACGCCUUCAGAACAUCCUUUCCACCGGAGGCUGGCUCACCCCUGACCUGAGGACAAGGUGCCUCGCGCACAGGGGCCGCACGCCUCCCGCCGCCAAGCCAUCCAUUCGCCGCCGCGUCUGCGCUGCCGCAGUUCUUCUUGCACCUUCAGAGCUGCGUCAGUGCGGAUCCCUCGCUGCCGAUACCAUGAAGGGAAAAUAUAUCUUGUUCUGUAGUUUAGAUCACCCGAUGUAUAUAACAAUUCCCACCUCAAAGAACCUUCGCUGUUAUCUCCCCUUCCAUUUCUCUCCAUUGGAGGACUAUUUCUCUUUGAUUUCUCUCUCCCGAGUAAACAUCACGGGAACCUCAGCGCUUCUCCCGUGGCGUGCGUCGGCCUCUCUCAAGCGACACUCACGCGAGCUGUCAUGAAGUCCUGGGGGAGGACUCAUGGCUCCUCUCGGCUGGGCGUGAGAGCGGCCGCACGAGAGGGCCCCGUGAUGUCAUGCAUGUUCAUGGUGCGAGAGAGCCAGACGCUUCACAUGUUUGCCUGUUAAGUGUAUACGUGUUUAUGUGUUUAGGAUCAUAAUUUCACAUCUACCGUCAAACACACACACAUGCGCACACGCACACACACAC